AUGCACUGCGGAUCCAAGAUGGCGGCCCCCAUGCAGCGGGGCUUGUCCCGGCUCCUGCCGCUCGGGCGGUGGCUGCAGAGUGUAGAACCCUUACUCAGUCCUACCAGACUGACUCGGACCUCACUUGUGGUCCCGGUGAGAACAAAGCGACGGCACUUUAUCCCUCCUGCUGUCAGUGCCAAGCAUAUGACUCGGGACGAGCAUAAGUUGAAAGCCAGGGCUGCAGGCAUUGUGGUCCCUUAUGAGCCCCCAGAACGCCCCAUCAAUCUUGCCUGCACAGCUGGAAUUUUUGACCCCUAUGUGCCUCCUGAGGGUGAUGCCCGCUUGUCUUCUCUGUCAAAGGAGGGGCUGAAGCAAAGAGCGGAGAAGCUGAAGCAGAGUGCCGCUUCACAAUUAGCAAUCCCAAAGGUAAAAGAGUAUGAUCCUGACUUCAGCACUAAAACGUUCCCCGAGAAGGCCCAGGAGAUAUUCAUUGAAGCUCACAAUUGCCUGACAAAUUUCAACAAGCAGAAACUUCACUCCCUGGUGACUGAACGCUGCUACCCGGAAAUGGUGCGUGGGAACAGAUACAAUACCAUCCGCUGGAGCUUUGUGGAGUCGCUGGAGCCUCCCAGGGUGGUUCAGAUUCGAUGCCCAAAUAUGGUGAACAAGGGCAACCUGUAUGCACAGGUGACAGUCCGCAUGCACACCCGACAGACCUUGGCUAUCUAUGACCGGUUUGGACGGCUGAUGUACGGCGGGGAGCAGGUGCCGAAAGACGUCUUGGAGUAUGUCGUAUUCGAGAGGCACCUGGUCAACCCUUAUGGCUCUUGGAGGGUACACGGCAAGAUAGUGCCAGCCUGGGCUCCGCCCCAGGACCCCAUUAUCAAGACGGUGAUGGUCCCUGGCCCCGUCCUGGACCCCUCGCAAGAAUUCGAUGAGAUCCAGUAUGAAAUUCCAAAGCCCAAACAGACGCAGUGGUACAAAUAACGGUGGAUGGAUGGAGCAGCGACGGGGUUUGCCUCAGUGGGUGGUGCCUACCCCUGGAUUCUGUGAUUCUGAGCCCCCUGCUCUCCUCCCUUGCUCUGUGCCCCGAUAGUCCCAAUAACAAUCUGUGGGAGGCGAGCGUCAAACUCUCCCGCUCGAAUGUUGGAAACCAAGCUGUCGAUUGCCAUCCACCCGGCUUGCACCCAGAAACGGGGAGCUCCCGGAUGGGAUUGUAAUACUGCGCCUGUAAUGUAAUAAAUCUCCACUGGCUCGUUGACCCGGAAA